GUCGCUGACAAUACACGAAAUAUUUACUUUUUGAAUGUUUUUACGAGAUAAUUAUAUUUUUUGAGAGAAUAACUUUACCUCACUGUAAUUACUAUGUUUUUCUCGGUAAUAAGCAAUUAAUUUCUUUUUUACAAGGUCAUACGCAAUUUUAAAUUUCAUUCAACAUGUCUGAUAUGAUAAUAAAUGAUUCUGUGCCAGUAGAUAAAAAAUGGAAUGAAUUAAUAAAAUACAACAUAUUUAUCAUGAAACUAGUAGAAUUUGUAGUGGCCCUCCUACUCAAUGUCCUCCCACAUGUGGUGGACCCAGUGGACCUCUUGCAAUGCCUGGUGGCCGCCCCCACGCUCAUGCUGUCCGUGCUAUUCAUGGUGCUAUACGUUGUCGACCAGGUACAAUAUGAGGCAGAACUAUACUACGUUGCCACCGAACUCUUCAUCACAGCACUCGCAAUGAUCAGCCUUUUCCUCAGCGGAGAAGUCCGAGGAGCCAUAUACGGCCUCUUCUACCUUGACCUUAUCAUAGCCUUCAGCAUGGAUAUUUAUUACAUGCACAAGGAAAGAGGCUGGACGUAUUAAAAAUAUUGAAAUUAUCUACAGUGCCAUAACGCUGAUUACUCACACUUAUCCUGAAGUGUGAUAAUACUACAUCCUGUUACAAUUAAAUGUGGCUAGUUCAAAUAUAUUUAAUUUAAAAAUGUGUACCAAAGUAUUACAAGCUCUUGUGAACUGUAUCAAGUUUUUUACAUUCCGUUUAUUUAAAAUGUUAUUACGGUUGACAUCAGGGAUUCGAAGAAGCUCUGUGCAUAAAUGUUUGUGGAUAUUAAUCAUUGUUACUGUGAUAAUGUAUUUUGCUUGCAAAUAUAAUUUGAGAAGUAAAAAUUGGGGUGGUGCCAAGCUCACUCCUAAACAUCCAGUGAUUAUGUGGUGGACCUCUAAUUUUGGUGGUUUUGUAGGAACUAGAACAUGUGCCAGAAAUAUUAAAUGUGAUAUGCUUAGUGAUAGAAACGAGAGCCAUGCCUACAAAGUUGAAGCAUACUUAUUUUAUGGAAGCCAAAUUAAGAUAAAUGACCUGCCGCCUCGAAACUCUGAAGAUGUAUGGGGGUUGUAUCAUGAGGAGUCUCCAAGGAAUUUGGAGGAACUGAUGCAUGAACCCAUGCUCAGUUUAUUCAAUUUCUCUGCUACAUUUAGCAGACAUAGUAAUGUGCCAUUUCCAUUGCAAUAUUUGGAAUCUUUGGAAGCUAUAACAGAUGGGCAACACUUUGUUCCUACUAAGAUAAAAAAUAUGUUGUUAACUGAAAUAGCUCCAGUAAUGUAUCUACAGAGUGACUGUGAAACUUCCACGGAAAGAGACUCUUACGUGAAAGAACUUAUGAAGCAUAUAGAAAUAGAUUCCUAUGGAGCAUGCCUUAAAAAUAAAGAAUUGCCUGAAAAAUUCACCGGUGACUACUUAAAUAACUUAAAUGAGAAUGAUUUUCUCGAUUUUGUGGCAAGGUACAAGUUUGUGAUUGCAAUAGAAAAUGGAGUAUGUGAGGAUUAUAUCACUGAAAAGUUUUGGAGGCCCAUAAAAGUUGGCAGUGUACCGAUUUACUUUGGAUCACCGUCAAUAAAAGAUUGGUUUCCGAAUGAUAAAUCUGCUAUACUUCUAGAUGAUUUUACAACCCCAGAAAUUUUAAGUAAGCAUUUAAAGAAGCUUUUGGCAAAUGACAGUUUGUAUGAAGAGUACUUAGAGCAUAAGACUAAACAGAUUAUUACAAAUACAAAACUUGUUAAAGAAUUAAAAGAAAGACCGUAUCAGACUGAUGGAUUGGACACCGUUGAACGGUUUGAAUGUUUCAUUUGCGAACAACUACACAACAAAACAAAUAUAGGAUCGAACAUAGUGAAUAAGAGCCAUUAUAACUGUCCGAAGCCCAUAUCUGCUUUGACAUUGUCAGUAAAUCCAACAAAUCAUUGGGUGUAUUCAUGGGAUUAUGCUAGGAAGAGCGCAGAACAAUUAUACAAACAACUAACAAAUUAAAAUAGUUUUUAUUGGUAUUAACAUUUUCAAUAUAUUUUUAUACAAGA